AGCCGCAGAGCGGCAGAGGGAGAAGACAGACAGUUGGUGAACCGAACCUCUGUACUGUCUGCGUGUCUCUCUCUGGGAAGCAUGUCGCCUCUGCAGGGACUUCUUCUACCCCAACACAGGAAACUACGAUGUAACCCAUGGUUUUACUAAGCUGCAGAUAAAAAAGCUUUGUUUGAAGCAGAGGAACAUGUCUCUUUGGAUUUGGUGCCCGCUGCUGCUUCUGGUUUGCAAAGUUCAAGCUCAGAUGGAGAACCGUGUGAUCUUCUUGCCGGGAACUUUCCAGAACGUGAGCGUCUCUCAGAACGAGACGGUGCAGGCCGUGGUGUCCAGGAUCCCCCCCGAGGUGGCCUUCAUCACUCUGCAGUUCCACACGCAGCACCGCAACGCCACGCUCUCCUACACCAGGAUCCCGGGCCCGGGUACCUCUCUGACAGCAGUGGACUCGGGGCUCUUGGCGGCUCUCCUGCCGGGACAAGUGUCCCUCUCUUUGUUCCUGUCUUCUCCUGACGGAGACACGGUGGUGGGCACCGGGGUUAUCCUGCCCUACUCCAGCUCUGAUCCUUUACCUGGAGCCUGUAACACAGAGUUCACCCUGGACAUCGACCCAAACGUCUACAUCCACUACAACCUCUACGAGACCGAGAUACGCUUCGCACCAGCCAACUUAGGAAACGAGAGGGGGGAAACUCCUUCCCCCUGUGACAUCUCCACAGAAGCCACCACGCGCUGGCGGUUACAGUAUGACAUCUACCAGUACUUCCUGCCUGAGAACGACCUAUCAGAGCGCAGCCUGUUCACCGGCAUCCAGGCCGUGGCCGACAUCCAGGGCAUGAUGGAGAACGGCAGACUGGUCAUGACCCUGUUAUCAUCAGAUAUGAGCAUGGUGGUGUUCACCUCCAUCCCUGGUCAGGGUGUGGUCUACUCCGUGGUGGUCAGAGACCCUCUGCUGAACACCUCCGCCUCCUACGUCCCCUCACACACCUACGCCUGCAGCUUUGUUUCCACCUUGGACGGAUGUCAGACACUCGGGAAGAUUUCCACAAAGGUGUUCUUUACCAUCGCUGGUAUGGCCGGCCUGUUCAUCUGCUUCUUUGGGCAUCGGUUCUUCAAAUGUGAGUUGUUUUGCAUGGGAUUCAGCUUUGCGACAUUCUUCUUCUUUGUGCUGGUCACGAGGACGACAGGACUGGAGUACGACAUGUGUCUCGCCGUGUCAGCGGUGAUCGGCGUGGUGGGGGGGGUCCUGCUGGUGAUGAGCUGGUGGCGUUUCGGUUCAGUCAUGGCCUGCAUCGUGGUGGUGGGACUGAUGCUCGGCUUCCUCAUCGCCUCCACCGUCCUCUUCACUCCCCUCGGUGACCUGGAUGUGUUCAGGCGCUCGGACGCAGUUUUCUGGGUGACGUUCUGCUGCAUCAUGCUCAUCGUCCCGCUCUUUUUCGUGCGUUGGCCCAGAGAGGGUAACAUCAUCACGUGUGGCGUGGUCGGGGCGUACGCUGUAGUUCUGGCCGUCAACGCCUACAUCUACACCAGCCUGUCCUACAUCAGCCUGAACAUCCUCAAACGUUUCCUCAACAACAACUUCAGCGCCGUCUUCACCGACGUACCCUUCCAAGCCGUCGACUACAUCAUGAUCACGGCGUGGGUGGUGCUGGGCGUGUCGGGCAUGGUCCUGCAGCUGUACCGAGAGCGCUCCCGCCCCUUCUUCCCCCCCAGCCCGUACCUCAUGUGGCUGCAGGAACGCGAGCGCCGCAAGACCAACGUCCUGGACCCGAGCCACCACUGCCCCCCCCUGCCCAACCGCCUCCUCGCCCGGGUGCGGCAGCUCACCAAGAGGAUGGAGUCGGUGGGAGAAAACACACCUCUGCUCCUGUGAUCCCCCAAACACACACAUUUCCUGGGAUGCAUUUUUUACAGCCUGGUAAUCUGGAGGAGUAUUGUCCCAGAUCAGAAAGAAUACUGACGCCAAGAGGGAUUCUACCACUGACACUCUUCAGAUUUCAUUUUUAAAAUCUAGAGACUGUGACCAUUUGUCCUUAAUACCACUUUUAUUUAACACUUAAAUGACAUUUUAAAGAUCACUGAAACUAUUAAAGAAGAACUAAAGAACUCUAGCUGAUUGUCUGUAGCUGUCCACGCUUCAUGGUGUCUGCUGCUUCUUGCACUAAAGUCACAAACUGCUAACAAAGCGAGGCAUUUUAUCUCAAGACAGUUUUCUGCUCAAUUUUGCAUUUGUAUAUUUAAAAAUACACUCUCAGGCCUUUAAUUAAGAAUACUGUGGUUGAUUUGAAAAGAAAAGUAUUAUAUUUAUUGAUGGGGUCAUACAGAAGCAACAAGAAAAAAAGCUGGCAAACUUUUUUAUGUAUAGGCUAAGCCUUCAUGCUGAAUGUUGUAGCCUUUUUCUCAUGUGUGUUUAAACGGGCAGCUUUGCAGGCCUGCCAGUCUCUUUUUGGAAUUUGCACACUGUAUUUGACUGUUUUUCUUUUUGUUCAAGCUGUAACGCUACUGGUUGGAUAUCUGUUCGUCUGUGAAUGCUUUUAAAUCACCAGCUUUCAGACCUGAAUGCACUGAAGAGAAGUGAAACCUUCCACUUGGUCUUUAAGCCUUAGAUUAAGAUUGUAUUUGGUUUCGUGACUAUUUUUAAACAAAAUCCAAAGCAAUAAUCACAGAUGUUUAUGAAAAAAGGUCAAUAGGAAUUUGUAAUUUUAACAUGUUUUGAUAUUUAAUAAAUGCCUUCCGGUAAAAUGAAUUAGA